AUGCAGUUCGUCGGGUUAGCUAGCGGCAUUGAUGGAUCUCUUCGUAAGCGCCGACUCACGUCUCCACGCUCACCAAUACUGCAGAAGCUCCCGAUUGGAGGUGCGCGUCGACUUAAAGACCGUCGAGAAGAAGCGAUCGUGCGUCAAUUCGAGCGGCAAGUUAACUCGGAGCUCCAGAACCAACAGCAGCAAUGUCGAGAGCGGUUUCUCAAUCGAUGGCACCACAUCCGCAAUCUCUACGCAGUCAUCAGUGAAAUAAUGACAACGCGUACAGAAACCUUGACGAACAAAUCAAAGCUGCCACCAACUACGAUAGGAGCAUCUCUACAAAGCUCUUCGACAUCUAAGGACACCACCAAGCCUGCUCCACUGUAUAAAUUAACAUCCAUGGCGUGGUUAAUUGACGUGGCUCGAGAAUUUCGCCAGGGUAUUGCAGCACAUAUCAUCACGAUGCCUCAGAUGGAGAUUGUUUUCAGUACAGCGCUGCAUAUAUCCUUAAAUUCAGCUCGAGUCUCGUCCUGUUUGCGAAACGUUUUUCAGGCUUUUCAACGCCAGCCUGAAUCUUCGACGAUAGAUUAUCGGGAGCUUUUGAGUGCGCUGUAUGUGCUUGAUCGCUGGCGUGAAGGUGAGAAAAAAAUGGUAGCGCGCUGGUUUCAUGAGUUCACAUUUCCGUUAGUAGAAAAUUCUGCUGCUAUUGGAGAUAUGAAAAUGGCAGUACGAGGACAAGAUCUGCGAUGUAUUCUGUUCGCUGCAUGUGGUGAUGAAAUGGAUGAAGCCAAGAUGCAGCCAUUUGUGACAGAACUGCUUGCUGCUAUGACUCAACGUGGCCGAAAUUAUAUAGCUGAAAAAACAUUUUGGGAUUAUUCAGAUGCACACCCGAAGCUGCUCUUGACAGUUAAAACGCAGUGUUGGAAGCGCCUGACGGAUGAUACUCGACUGAAUUUUUAUCGGGAUAUUUAUCUGCACGCAAAGGAGCGUUUUAUCAAAGAGGACGCACGUGUUCGUAUUGAGAAGGCAUUGAGUAUUUGGCGUACUCGUGAACCUCGUCACAGAUUUGCACGGUGGAAAGUCUUUGUAGCCUGCCGCAAGUUAAUGCGAAGAGACAUGCUGCGGCUUGGAAACGCAGCGAACGGCAUGACGUUCGUCGGUGUCAAACGCGAUGUUGGCGUUCAUGGUUCAUCAAAUAAAGACACUUGGUUGUUCCACAAUCGCCGACAAAAGGAAGUUGCGGCUGCAGAUAUUCGUGGACGACAACUCCAACAAGAUCUAUGGCUGGCUGAACAAAUUGAAGCCGAGAACGCUCAAAUGGAAAUCGAAGACAAAUUGAGUGCCGCAGUGGCUGCAAAAGCUCUCGCAUCUGCCGAAAGAGGUCGUAGACGCUCGUUUAUUGAGGCCACUGAUCGUGUCCACGCGAACCGCAAGCUGCAGAAGCAGAAAGAAGAGCGUAUACAGUACAAAGCCAGCCGUGAACGUGCUGCAGAGUUGGAGGCAACACAGGCUUGGACUGCUAUUAGAGAGCAAGUUGCAGUCGAAGUACGUGGUACCACGCUCACUUGGCUUGACACCCGUGAUGCCAAAGACCAGAUACAAACAGAGGCUAACCGGAUCUUUGAAACGGAUGCUAAGUGGAUUCGGAGUGAGCUGGAGCGAGAUCCUGAAAAUUCGGCUAAAAUUCUACCGAAAGGCUGUCUGUGGAAGGUUUUUCUGGAAGCUCCGCAUGGUAUUGUUACUAGAAAAUUGACCAAAGCUUUUUACCUGAACACGGUGACAUACGAGAAGCAUUGGUGUGACGAGGUAGUUCUUGAGGACUGCCAGGGCAUUGCUCGAGAAGUUAUCAUUCAGGCUCGAAUAGACGAAGCUUUAGAGCGACUCAAGGAGAAACAGAAUGAGUGGGAGCUCCAGAGACGCCAGAAUAUCGCUGCAACACGUAUUCAAAUGAUGUUUCGCUGUCGGCAAGCACGGAUCGUGUGUUGUCGGAUUAUCCGAAACUCGUUUAUUAAACGAAUCGACCCUAGAUCUGGUCUGAUUGUGUAUUUUAACCUUGAUCGGCCUCAAGAUAUUCGACGAAAACCACCUAAAAUGAUCGGAAGUGAUGAAUCUCUUAUUUCCGUUGAGUCAUCGACGUGGGUGUACCGACAAGACACGCAUGGAGCUGGAUACUAUGAAAGACUUGACUCGGGUGAGUCAUCUGUGGGGCCACCUGAUCACUACAUACUUUGUACACGCUGCUCUGUGAAUUUUGUGACGAGACGAACGACUGCAAGUGGUGCUCGCUACUGUAUUGGAUGUUAUGCGUGCAUUCGCGCUACUUCCAGAAAGGAGGCUGGCGCGAUUGUUGAAGAGGAGAGUGGGUGGACGAAAAUGCCCGUGCAGGCAGCAAAUUGUAUGAUAUGUCGGAACAGUUUGGCUGAUUUCAUUUGUACGGAUUGUAACCACGACGCCACUUGCACACGCUGCUUCAAUGCAAUACACGGAAGGCUGGCAAAAAACAAGAUUCAUUGCUCACCAAUCCCGUUAGUAAACCGACUCAACGUCGUGUAAAUACAUCCAGCGAUACCACAGAUGUUGACCAAAUAGUGCAAGUGAGUGAAACUUUUAAGCUUCAACAAAAUCGUUAAAGCGUGCACAGCGCUGCAUGUGUGGCUUACUACUUAAAGUUCAUCGUGAGCU